AUGUCCUCUCGCACAUUCAUUCACCUGUCAAGGCCCUCCCUCGACCCCGGGGCCCGCCCUGCCUGCGCAUCGGGCACCGUCACCCUCAUCAUGCAUCGAUCGCCAAAGUCCUCGUCCUCGUCUCGAUGCCCGAGACGGCCCAACUCGUCGAUCGAUCGAUCGAUCUCCCUCCCUCCCUCGGACGACGAUGAUAUGGCACAGGACGCAGCCGCACCCGCGGACGCUACCGCGGCGCGCUCCGUUCAGCAACGGCAACAGACCCGUCGCAACGAGGAAAGCAGCGGCGGCAGCAGACGCUCCACCCACGCUCCCCGCCCGCUCCCCGCGCCUGUACAACGGACGGGCCGCGGCCUCCCUCCUUCUUCACCCGCUCCUCCAACGCCACGAUUGGCACGUUGCUCCGCUCUCUCUCAAAUCGCCUCUCGUCGUCUCCUUCUCUUUCUUCCUCCUCGGCACGCGGCCCCACCACGACGGCGCACCGUUGGUCCACUCCGUUCCUUCGGUCGUCAGUCAGUCGGUCAGGUCGGGUCAGAAUCAGGCUACCGUUCGCCAUGUAAAGUGGUCAACUCGCAUCCCGCCUUCCCUAAGUUCGGCCGCCGUCUACGCUCCCACGGGACAGUACAGUACCGUCCGCGUCGAGCGAGGGCUGGCUGGCUAUAUGUAGCUGCGGGGGGGCUGGAAACGAAGCAAGCCACCGGAGUCACCGGAGCGACCGGAGCGAGCUCACCCACUAUCUUCGGUUGUUGUUGA